CGCUGGUUGCGCUCCGCGCCGGGGGCGUAGCGGGAGGCGGGCCUGGGGCGGGUCCACGGGGCGGGUCCGGGACCUCCAGAUGCCCGCGACGGAAGGGCCUGUUUCAACAGCCCCGGCUGUGGUCGGCUGCUGGCGGCGAGUCCCUACGUCUUAGCACCGGGCUCCAUCCCGAGAACUGGCCGAGGCUGUGACUGUUUGGGAACCAGGCCCGCUUGGCGGCCGCAGCGCGGGCGACCCGCCUCCUUGCCACGGGUCGGACGCCGAGGCCCGGGAGCAACGCGGAGAUGAGGAGCAGGAGCAAUUCCGGGGUCCGCUUAGACGGAUAUGCGCGGCUGGUGCAGCAAACAAUCCUCUGUUACCAGAAUCCCGUCACGGGGCUGCUGUCAGCUAGUCAUGAGCAGAAGGACGCCUGGGUACGGGAUAACAUCUACAGCAUCCUGGCCGUGUGGGGCCUGGGCAUGGCCUACCGCAAGAACGCUGACCGCGACGAGGACAAGGCCAAGGCCUACGAGCUGGAGCAGAAUGUGGUGAAACUGAUGCGAGGUCUUCUCCAGUGCAUGAUGAGACAGGUGGAUAAAGUGGAGAGGUUCAAGCACACUCAGAGUACCGAGGACAGCCUGCACGCCAAGUACAACACUGCCACCUACAGCACUGUGGUGGGCGACGACCAGUGGGGCCACCUCCAGGUGGACGCCACCUCACUCUUCCUCCUGUUCCUGGCCCAGAUGACAGCCUCCGGCUUACGUAUUAUUUUCACUCUUGACGAGGUGGCCUUCAUACAGAAUCUUGUGUUUUACAUAGAAGCUGCGUAUAAAGUUGCUGAUUAUGGAAUGUGGGAACGUGGAGAUAAGACUAAUCAGGGUAUUCCAGAAUUGAAUGCAAGCUCCGUAGGGAUGGCCAAGGCAGCCCUUGAAGCAAUUGAUGAACUGGACCUUUUUGGAGCCCAUGGAGGUCGCAAGUCUGUGAUCCAUGUCCUGCCGGAUGAGGUGGAACACUGCCAGUCUAUUCUAUUCUCCAUGCUGCCAAGAGCCUCGACGUCAAAAGAGAUUGAUGCUGGGCUUCUUUCCAUUAUUUCUUUCCCGGCCUUUGCAGUGGAAGAUGUGAACCUGGUUAAUGUGACCAAAAAUGAAAUUAUUUCCAAGCUGCAGGGGCGUUAUGGAUGCUGUCGCUUUCUUCGAGAUGGUUAUAAAACCCCAAGAGAGGACCCAAACCGAUUGCAUUAUGACCCUGCUGAACUCAAGCUCUUCGAAAACAUUGAAUGUGAAUGGCCUGUGUUCUGGACUUAUUUCAUAAUAGAUGGAGUCUUCAGUGGUGAUGCCGUUCAGGUCCAAGAAUACCGUGAAGCCCUGGAGGGGAUACUGAUCAGAGGCAAGAACGGGGUCCACUUGUUGCCUGAACUCUAUGCCAUCCCGCCUGACAAGGUGGAUGAAGAGUAUAAGAAUCCUCACACAGUGGAUAGAGUUCCCCUGGGGAAGGUGCCCCAUCUGUGGGGUCAGUCCUUGUAUAUCCUCAGCUCCCUGUUGGCAGAGGGAUUCCUUGCUGCUGGUGAAAUUGAUCCCUUGAACAGAAGAUUUUCCACUUCAGUCAAACCUGAUGUCGUCGUACAAGUGACUGUUCUGGCAGAAAACAACCACAUUAAGGAGCUGCUGAGGAAACAUGGGGUCAACGUUCAGAGUAUCACUGACAUUCAUCCAAUCCGAGUCCAGCCAGGCCGCAUCCUCAGUCACAUAUAUGCCAAGCUUGGACGGAAUAAGAAUAUGAGAUUGAGUGGGCGACCGUAUCGGCACAUUGGUGUCCUUGGGACAUCUAAACUAUAUGUGAUUAGGAACCAGAUCUUUACUUUCACGCCCCAGUUCACCGACCAGCAUCACUUCUACCUGGCCCUGGACAACGAGAUGAUCGUGGAGAUGCUGAGGAUUGAGCUGGCCUACCUGUGCACCUGCUGGCGGAUGACGGGCAGACCCACGCUCACCUUCCCCAUCACACAUACCAUGCUCACAAAUGAUGGCUCAGAUAUUCAUUCUGCUGUUCUUGCUACAAUUCGCAAACUAGAGGAUGGAUAUUUUGGAGGAGCUAGAGUAAAAUUAGGGAGUCUUUCGGAAUUCCUCACCACCUCUUUCUACACGUAUCUGACCUUCCUGGAUCCAGACUGUGAUGAGAAGUUGUUUGAUGAUGCCAGUGAAGGGAGCUUCAGUCCUGAUAGUGAUUCAGACCUGGGAGGAUAUUUGGAAGAUACCUAUAAUCCAGAAAGCCAGGACGAGCUUGACCAGUAUAUCAACCACCUUCUGCAAAGCACAUCCUCGAAGUGCUAUCUGCCACCUCUCUGUAAGAAGACAGAGGACAGCCAUGUUUUCAGUGCUAUCCAUUCCACUCGGGAUAUACUUUCCGUGAUGGCAAAAGCAAAGGGUUUGGAAAUUCCAUUUGUUCCCAUGGCUUUGCCAACUAAAGUUCUAAGUGCCCACCGUAAAUCGCUGAAUCUUGUUGAUUCUCCUCAGCCAUUCCUAAAAAAGGCCCCUGAAGAUGACUUCCAGUUUCCCAGAGAUGACCAUGGCGACGUGGACUGUGAGAAGCUGGUUGAGCAGUUGAAAGACUGUUCGAACCUACAGGACCAAGCAGACAUUCUAUACAUUCUGUAUGUAAUAAAGGGUCCCAGCUGGGACACGAAUCUCUCUGGACAGCACGGGGUCACUGUUCACAACCUCCUCAGUGAGCUCUAUGGGAAGGCCGGCUUGAACCAGGAGUGGGGUCUGAUCCGCUACAUCUCCGGCCUCCUCCGGAAGAAAGUGGAGGUCCUGGCUGAGGCGUGCACGGACCUGCUGUCACACCAGAAGCAGCUCACAGUGGGCCUGCCCCCAGAACCCCGGGAGAAGACCAUCUCUGCGCCUCUUCCCCCCGAGGAACUCACAAAGCUCAUCUAUGAAGCCAGCGGGCAGGACAUCAGCAUCGCCGUGCUCACACAGGAGAUUGUGGUGUACCUGGCGAUGUACGUCAGGUCUCAGCCCAGCCUCUUCGUGGAGAUGCUCCGGCUCCGAAUUGGACUGAUCAUUCAGGUGAUGGCCACGGAGCUGGCGCGGAGCCUGAACUGUUCAGGAGAAGAAGCUUCUGAAAGUUUGAUGAACCUCAGCCCUUUUGAUAUGAAAAAUCUCCUGCACCACAUCUUAAGUGGCAAAGAAUUUGGUGUUGAAAGAAGCAUGCGGCCCAUUCAUUCCUCCACACCCAGCCCUGCUGUCUCUAUCCACGAGGUGGGCCACACUGGAGUCACCAAAACUGAGAGAAGUGGCAUCAACAGGCUGAGGAGUGAGAUGAAACAGAUGACUAGGCGGUUUAGUGCUGAUGAACAGCUCAUAUCUGUGAGCCAGGCCGCGUCCAGCAGCGCACACUCCUCCAAGUCUGCGAGGUCCAGCACCCCGUCCUCACCCACGGGCACAUCAUCAUCAGACUCAGGUGGGCAGCACAUGGGCUGGGGGGAACGGCAGGGCCAGUGGCUGCGCAGGAGAAGGCUGGAUGGCGCCAUCAACAGGGUCCCUGUGGGAUUCUACCAGAAGGUGUGGAAGAUCCUUCAGAAGCAAAGUCUGAAGGGAGGCAAGAGGCAAAGAAGGCCAGGAAGGCUCAGGAUAAAAUGCUGUGACCCGGCCGACCUGCAACAGCCACGCACCUUGGUCCCUGCAGCUACUUUCUCCCUCCUCAGCCCUGGAGUGUGCCAGUGUCCUGCCAGAGGGACUGUUGGUCUCCAUCAGAAGCUUCUAUGCAAACCAAGAACCACACAGUGCCAUGGUCUGUCCAUCGACGGUUACGUGCUCCCGUCCUCGACCACGCAAGAGAUGACCCCGCAGGAGAUCAAGUUUGCUGUCCACGUUGAGUCAGUGCUGAACCGAGUGCCACAACCCGAAUACCGCCAGCUGCUGGUGGAAGCCAUCAUGGUGCUGACACUGCUCUCAGACACAGAGAUGAACAGCAUCGGGGGCAUCAUCCACGUGGACCAGAUUGUGCACAUGGCCAACCAGCUGUUCCUACAGGACCAGGUGUCGACUGGAGCCACGGACACGCUGGAGAAAGACCAAGCCACAGGCAUCUGCCACUUCUUUUAUGACAGCGCUCCAAGUGGGGCUUAUGGGACGAUGACCUACCUAACGAAAGCGGUGGCUUCUCAUUUGCAGGAACUGCUGCCCAACUCAGGUUGCCAGAUGCAGUAGGGCCUCGGUGCUCAGUCUUUCUCUUUCUCGUGGGCACUUCCUUGUGUUCCCCAAGAUCCCCUGUGCUUUCCCCAAAGUCUUGCCCAUCAGAAUCCCUGGCAGGGAGGGGAUGAUAGUGACACACUUGAAAGCAGUAGACAUCCAAACCCCAGAAAGGGGUGCCCCUGAGGAGCACUGGGGGAGUCAUCGUCUACACUCAUCUCACUGAAACUUUUGUCACAGCAUCUGGUCUCCUGGAGUCUGAGGACAGAUUAGAAGAGAGUCUCUGUUGAGUGCAGAGUGAAGUGAAAAGGCAGCUUAAAUCAGCUCUCGCGGAGUUCCCGAACAGGUUCCAUGAGCUACUGACACAUCUUCAACAUGGAAAGAUCCUUCCAGCAGCUGCAAACCUUAACAAAGGGAACAUCUUAACAGGGUAUGGUCUGUCUGUGGGUCAAAUUGUUUACUGAAUAGAACAUCUCUUUCUGUGGGG